CGCUCGGGCUCGGCUGAGCCUACUGCAGUGAGGGAAAAAGUGAAGGAAGGAAAGCACGGGAGUCCUUACGGUUCAGAGUGGACAAGCCCCUAACCGGACGAUAGCAGGGGUUAACUUGAAAGAUUGCAAAAAAAUCAAUGGUUGGUGAAACUGUUUGCCAUUUACAAAGGAGGUAGAAGAUGAGUAUGCAGAAACAGAGUGGUCUUAAGGCUCCAAGCAGAAUCAGCAAGCCUACAACCACUGCCCUGAAAUCAUCUGCAGCUGUUGCCUCUUCCGCAAGUGCAGCUUCAACUGCAGAGAAGGCACCCAGUGCACAGACAUCUGAGACACAGGAAGAGUUUGUUGAUGACUUCAGAAUUGGAGAACGAGUUUGGGUAAAUGGCAGCAAGCCUGGUUUCAUUCAGUUUCUUGGUGAAACACAGUUUGCUCCUGGCCAGUGGGCGGGGAUUGUUUUAGAUGAACCAAUUGGGAAGAAUGAUGGCUCUGUUGCGGGAGUUCGAUAUUUUCAGUGUGAGCCUCUUCGUGGAAUAUUUACAAGGCCAUCAAAGUUGUCACGCAGUCCUUCUGAAGGAGAAACUAAUGGUACUCAAACUGCACCAACAUCUAGAGCUACAUCUCCAACAUCUAUAUCAGUGGCUGGCGUGAUGUCUCCAUCCUUUGCAGCAGCUACACCAACAACUCCUCCUCUAAAAUCUCCUCUACCAUCUAAAGAGCCCACAACUCCUGUAACCAACCUUACCCGAACUACAAGCGAUUCUAUAUCAAACCUUUCUGAAGCUGGCUCAGUGAAGAAAGGUGAACGUGAACUAAAGCUUGGGGACAGAAUUCUGGUUGGAGGUACAAAAGCUGGAGUUGUGCGAUUUUUGGGGGAAACUGACUUUGCCAAGGGAGAGUGGUGUGGAGUAGAAUUAGAUGAACCUUUAGGGAAGAAUGAUGGUGCUGUCGCUGGAACAAGGUAUUUUCAGUGCCAGCCGAAGUAUGGACUGUUUGCUCCUGCACACAAGGUUACUAAAAUUGGAUUCCCAUCUACUACUCCCGCUAAAGCAAAAACAAGUGUAAGAAAAGUUGUUGCAACACCAUCUUCACUAAAACGCAGUCCCAGUGCAUCAUCCAUUAGCUCUCUGAGUUCUAUAGCCUCUUCAGUUAGUGGCAAACCAAGUCGCACAGGACUGUUGACAGAAACAUCAUCCCGCUAUGCAAGAAAAAUUUCUGGAACUACCGCCCUACAGGAGGCACUGAAGGAGAAACAGCAGCACAUUGAGCAGCUCCUUGCAGAGCGUGAUCUAGAGAGAGCUGAAGUCGCUAAAGCGACCAGUCAUGUGGGGGAAAUAGAGUCUGAACUAAGUUUACUCAGGAAUGGACAUGAACAGUAUGUAAUGGAAACAGAAGCAAAAAUGGACCAGUUGAGGAGACUGGUAGAAGCAGCUGACAGAGAGAAGGUGGAACUUCUAAACCAGCUUGAGGAAGAGAAAAGGAAAGUGGAGGACCUUCAGUUCCGUGUCGAAGAAGAAUCAAUUACUAAAGGAGACUUGGAGACGCAGACCAAACUGGAGCAUGCCCGCAUUAAGGAGCUUGAACAGAGCCUGCUUUUUGAAAAGACCAAAGCUGAAAAACUUCAGAGGGAGUUAGAAGACACUAGGGUUGCUACUGUCUCUGAAAAAUCACGCAUAAUGGAACUGGAAAGGGACCUAGUGCAAAGAUCAAAAGAAGUGACUGAACUUCAGCAAAGACUAGAAUUUGCUAGAACCUCUAAAGAUGGGGAAAGUUCUGCAUUAGUGAUACAGGAAGCAAGUUCCCUACAGGACCAGAUUGCUGCUAUGAGUAAAGAGCAUCAACAUGAACUUGAUAUUCUUAAGUCAAAACUUAAAUGCAUUGAAGAGUCCCACCAAGGAGAGACCGAGACACUUAAAUCUGCAGGCGCGGAGCUAUGUAAAGAGAAUGAGGCAUUAAAGACUAAGCUAGCUGAAUCAGAUCGUGAAUGUUCAGCUAUUACACAGCUGUGGAAGUCGAAGCUUGAGGCGUUAACAGCUUCACAUCAUCAAGCCAUUGAUGAACUAAAGCUGUCUUUAAGCAAAGAUUCUGGAGCUCAGGUUAAUGAACUGGUAGAAAUGAAAGCUAAAUUAGAGCAACUUAAGUCUGAACAUCAAAAUGAAAUUGAGACGCUUAAAAGUAAAUACGACCUGGAAAAGGAUGAGCAUCUCAAACAAAUUGCAGAUCUUAAUGGCAGGUUGUUGCAGAUCACCAAAGAGAGUGAAAAGCAUCUAGAAGCUCUACGGUCUAAAUUAGAAACUGCAGAAGAUCAGCAUCUAGUGGAAAUGGAAGAUGUGUUGAACAAACUUCAGGAAACAGAAGUAAAGGCUACUGACUUGGCCAACCGCCUUAAGCAGCAGGAUCAGAACAUUGAUAACAUGCAGAAAAGCUUGGCAGAAAUGAGUCAGGUUAAAGAAUGCUUAGAGAAGGAGUUUCAAGACUUGAAAGAAAAGUUUAAUGGAACCACAGAGAAACAACGGGAAGCACAUCAAAGUUUGCAAGAAACACUGGAAAAGCUAAGCAGAAAGGAGGAGGAGUGUUCAUCUGUGUUAUCUGAAGUGGCUCAACUUAAGUCUACCGUUUCUGCAUUUGAGCGGAAGGUGAAGAUGAGUGAUGAAACAGUAGAACAGCUGAUGAAUGACAAGUCAAAAUUAGAAAAUGAUAUUUCAGAAAUUAUGAAGUCAUCUGGAGACAGUUCUUUGCAGCUUACAAAGAUGAAUAAUGAUCUGCAACAGAAGGAAAGGAGGCUAGAAGAAUUACAGAAGAAGCUUUCAGAUGCUAAUGAAAAGCUAGCAUGUGCAAAGGAGAGCCUGGAACAGAUGGCACAUAAAAAUGAUCAAAUCCAGGAAGCUAUGCUUGAAAAACAUCAGUCCCAAUUGAAAGCCCUCCAAGAGAAGUUGGAAGAGUUGGAAAAACAAGUUGAAAAGAGUAAUUGCUGCAAUAAGGACUUGAAGAAUAUGUAUGAGAAUUCCCUUUCUGAGCUGACCAGCAAGCAUAGUGCCGCCAUAAAUGAACUUAGGCAGAACUUGCACCAGACUGAAGAACAAUUGAGGAAUGCUCAGAGUAAGAACAGAGAAAUGGAAGAACUGCUAGAGAAAGUGAAACAACAAGCAGAUCAGGUUGAGGAUUUAUCCACUGAAAAGGAUGAGCUGCAAAGUAAUAUUAGCGACCUACUGUUAGAAAUGGAAAUACUUAGAAAAGAAAAUGAAGAAAAGAACAAACAUCUUCAGAUAAUCUUUAGUGAAAAACUGAGCUUGAGUACUAAUCGGGAUGACCUGAAGCAUAAAAUAGAUGAACUUUUGUUGGAAGUAGACACACUUAAGCAAGAAAAAGAAGAAAAUAACACACAUCUUCAGAUGGUUAUUACUGAAAAGCGUAGCUUGGCUACUGAAAGGGAUGACUUGCUAAACAAUGUCAGUGAGCUAAUGCAGGAAAUAGAAGUAAUUAAAAGAGAAAAAGAGGAGGCAUUUGCCUCAUUUAAGAAGACUGUUAGUGAAAAGCAAAAAUUGACAAUUGAAAUGGACAGCUUACUGCACAACAUCAGUGAGCUGACGUUCAAAGUGGAAACAGCUGAAAAAAACAUAGAGGAACUUACUACACAUCUGCAGAUGGCUGUUAAUGAAAGACAGAACUUGGCUUCUGAAAGAGAUGAGCUGCAAAUAAGUAAUAAUGAUUUGCUUCUAACAUUGGAAAGUCUUAAAAGUGAAAAUGAAGAAAGAAGUAUGUGCCUCAGUAUGAGUAGUAAUGAAAAACGAAGCCUGAUAUUGGAAAAGGAGGACUUGCAACAUAAUAUCAGCAAACUGUGUUUAGAGAUUGAAUCAUUGAAAAGGGAGAAGGAAGAAUUGAAUGUGCAUUUGCAAACAGUUAUUAGGGAAAGACAGGAUUUGAUUGCUGAAAAAGAUACCUUACAUUACAAUAACAGUGAACUGCUAAUAACAAUGGAAGCAUGUAAGAGAGAAAAAGAUGAAAUGAGCUCUCUUGUGCAGACCACUACUGGAGAAAAAGAUAAUUUAAUUGUUGAAAGGGACAGCCUGGUAAACAGUAAUAUUGAACUACAUACAACUCUGGAAACAGUUAAGAAAGAACAAGAAGAAACAACUAAUCAAUUGCAGAUCACUGUUAGUGAAAAGCAGAACUUGAUUAUUGAGAGGAACACCUUGCAGCACAGUAAUCACGAACUAUUAACAACAGUAGAAGCACUUAAAAGAGAAAAAGAUGAAUUAAAUGCACAUUUGCAGAUUAUGGUAAAUGAAAAGCAACGCUUAACUGUUGAAAUGGACACCCUGCAGCACAUUAAUGGUGAGCUGCUGUCAACAGUAGAAACACUGAAAAGACAGAAGGAAGACAUGGAAGAACAUUUGCAGAUGAUUCUUAAUGACAAGCAGGCAAUUGUUAUGGCAAAAGAUGUCUUGCAACAGGAGAACAGUGAGCUGCUAUUAAAAUUAGAAAUGCUUAACAGAGAGAAGGAAAAAGUGAGUACAGAUUUACUUAUGCUCAUUGGUGAAAAACAGAGCUUGAUAAUUGAAAGGAAUGAGUUGCAAAAUAGCAGUAGUAGCCUACUGCUGGAAUUAGAAAAGGUAAAAAAAGAAAAGGAUGACAUUAACAAACAGUUGCAGAGUUUUAUUAAUGAAAAACAAAAUGUAAUUCUUGAAAGAGACAAUUUGCAGAGUGUUAACAGUGAGUUGUUGGUAACACAAGAAAAUCUAAAACAAGAGAAAGAAAAAAUGAAUAUAGAUUUGCAGAUCAUUGUAACUGAUAAACACAAUUUGGUCAUGGAAAGAGAUUGCUUGCAGCACAGUAACAGUGAGCUGCUGUUAGCAAUAGAAACCUGUAAAAAAGAUAAAGAAGACAUGAAUAAACAUUUGCAGAUAGUCAGUGAUGAAAAACAGAGUUUAAUCAUAGAAAGAAAUAGCUUACAGCACAGUAACAGUUCUUUGCUGUUGGAAUUAGAAGCAGUUAAAAAAGACAAAGAAGAAGAAAACUUGAUUUUGCAAAAGACUGUCAUUGAAAAACAGACUCUGACCACAGAAAGAGAUGAUUUGCAGCUCAGCAAUAAUAAACUGCAGUCAACACUGGAAGCAUUUAAAAGGGAGAAAGAGGAACUGAGUGCAAAUUUGCAGAUUGUUCUUGCUGAGAAGCAGAAUUUGAUUAUGGAAAAGGAUGGCUUGUGCUACAAUGAACGUGAGCUGAUGUUAAAACUGGAAACAGUUAAAAAUGAAAAUGAUACAAUUAAUAUUCAGCUGCAGGAGAUGCUAGUUGAAAAUCAUACCUUGAUCAUUGAAAAGGAUAAUCUUCAAUGCAUUAAUAGUGCGCAUUUGUUAGAAAUACAAACAAUUAAAAAAGAAAGUGAGUUACUGAAUACCCAUCUUCAGGAAGUUAUUAAGGAAAAUCAGUGUUUGACUACUGACAAAGACACUCUUCAAGACAAAUGUAACACUGUCACAAAAGAGCUUCAGAAGUCACUUAAAGACCUAGAAGAACUGAAGUCCUCUAAAGCUGAGCUGUCAAAAUUAGUUAGUGAUAGUAAAUCCAACAUGGAUGCAACAGCUGCUGAUCACAUUUGUCUGCUACAAGAGAAGGAAGCAUUUGUGUCUUCUAACAGGAGGCUUCUUUCAGAAAAAGAGGAACUUUUAAAGGAGAAAGCAGAAACCACUGAAUUACUUAAAAAAGUUUCUGAAGAAGCAAAACUCAGUAACCAGAAACACAGUUUAGAAAUAGAGAGUCUGAAAGCAGAGAAAUAUUCUGCUUAUCAGAAAGAACAAGAGCUUGAGGUGAAAUGUAAAUGUUUGUUAGAAGAAAAAGAAAAUGCAGAAGCUAAAAUAUCUGAGCUGUGUUUUGACAGGGAAGCAUUUUUAAAAGAAAUUCAGGAACUUAAAUUGCAGCAGGAACAGGAUGAAUCUAAAAAGGCAAAAUUAACAGAAGAGAUCAGCCAUCUUGGAGACAGAGCAAAGACACUUUCAGAAGAGUUAGUCCAGUCAAAAAAAGAAAAUGAAGAAUUGCAUUGUUCUUUAUCAAGACUCUCAAAACAUGUGGAAGAAAUUCAGCACAGCAAAGAAACUGUAGAGUCAAAGCAUUUUAUUGUUCUGAAAGAAAUGGGGGAACUUAAGCUUACCCUUGAUAAAUACUGCAAUGAUACAGAGAUACUUGGACAGAAAAACAAUGAACUAGAAAACCUGUGCAAACAGUUAAAUGAGAAUGCUAAACAUCAAGAAGAAACUCUCAUUCAGGAGAGAAGUCAUCUUGCAGAUAGCGUAAAGACCCUUUCAGAAGAACUUGUCCAAGCUAAAAAAGAAAAUAAAGAACUCAUUGCUUCUGUAUCAGAUCUGUCAAAACAUUUGAAAGAAGUUCAGAGCAGCAAGGAAGCUAUAGAGUCUAAGCAUUCUGCUGUUGUGAAAGAGACAGGAGAGGUAAAACUUGCCCUUGACAGAUGCUGCUCUGAUAUGGAAGCACUACAAUACCAAAAAACAGACUUAGAAAAACAAUACAAACAGGCAAAAGAGGAGGCCAAACUUGUGCAAGAAAAACUGCUUCAAGAAAGUAGUCAACUUGCAGGUAGUGUUAAGACCCUUUCAGAAGAACUUCUCCAUUCAAAAAAAGAAAAUGAAGAAUUGUGUGCUUCUCUGUCAAGCCUCUCAAAACGUUUAGAGGAACUUCAAAGGGGAAAAGAAGCUACAGAGUCUGAGCAUUUUGCUGUUCUGAAAGAGGUGGAGGAGUUGAAGCUUCAGCUUAAUAAAUGCCACUCUGACAUACAAGUACUUGAACAACAAAAAGCAGUAGUAGAAAAGAGUUUAGGUGAUGAACUUAAACUUAUUCAAGAAAAACUUCUUCAGGAAAGUAAUAUUGCUAAAAAUGAUAAAGAACAUCUUCUUUUGGAAUGCACUAAUUAUAAAAAUAAGUUAAGCCUUUUACAGAAAGAUAAUGAUGCACUUGCUGUUCAAAAUAAUGAAUUGCUAACUGAGCAGAAGCACCUGCUUUGUGAAAAAGAAGUAACUGAAUCUGAACAGAAGAAACUCAUUCAAGAGAAGGAGAUCCUACUGAGUGAGAAAGCCCAACUAGUGUCUAAGAUUGAAAAUCUUGCAAGAGAGAAAACUGAUCUAGAAAAGUCAAAAGCAGAGCUGCAGGAUGCACACCAGAGCCUUUCUCUGAUGGUGGAAGAUCUUCAUAGUAAACAAACAUUGGCAGUCUUGGUUCACACAAAACUUCUUGAUGAAAAAAAAGAACUUUUAGCUGACCACCAAAAAAUCAUUUUAGAAAAAGACGACAUUCUUAAAGAGAGUGAACAGUUAGUUGCACAUUCUAAAAAGCUAUCUGAAGAAGCUGCCCAGUCUGCUAAAGUUAAUGAAGCCAUUUCAGUCUGUUUGCAGGAGCUGCGGGAUGAAAACAAGCUCUUGCAGAAGGAUAAAGAUAUAAUUGCUGAAAAGCUGAAGGAGCAUGAGGUUUUGUUGACCGAGUUCCUUUUGAAAAAAAAUGAGGCUAUUAAACAUGCACAAGAUGCUUUACAUUCAGUGGAGCAGAUAAGCAGAGAGAGAGAUUCAUUACUUAAAGAAAAUACCAGCACCAUGGCUUUACUUGAAGAUUUCAAGCACACAACUCAGAAGCUUCAGGCUGAAUUAGAUGCUGUCAGACAUCAGGCUGUGAAGAAUGAAGAAGAAGUUAAGCAGACCAGAGAACACCUUAAUGCAGAAAAUAAGAAGACUACCAACUUCUGCCAAGAAAUAGAGGAGCUGAAGCUGGCAGUUGCUCAGAAAUCUCAGCUGCUAGCAGCAUUACAAGAGGAUAACGUUAAACUUGCGGAGGAGCUGGGUAGGAGUAGAGACGAAGUCACUUCCCAUCAAAAGCUUGAAGAAGAAAGGUCCGUACUUAAUAACCAGUUACUAGAGAUGAAAAAGAGAGAAUCUGAAUUAAAGAAAGAAUUUGAUGAAGAGAAAGUUUCCUUGCAAAACUCUUUCAACCUCACUAGUGCCUUGAUCACAGAAAAAGACAAAGAGCUAGAACAGUUGCGAAAUGAGAUAACAGUACUGCGUGGAGAAAAUACCAUGGCCAGAACUUUGCAAUCAGUAGUCCAGUCAUUAGAGUCUGAUAAGACAAAACUACAGCAGAAGGUGCAGAGCUUGGAACAAAAACUGCUUGAGAAUGAGAAACAGCAUGAUAUUGUAUAUUCCUCAGACGAAGUAACCCUUGGUCAACAUAGAGAAGAAAAAGCAUCAGAUGGUAGUCAGCAUACGAUUGACUUCUUAAAUUCAGUUAUAGUAGAUCUGCAAAGAAAAAACCAGGAGCUAACAUCAAAGUUGGAGCGGCUAGCAGAGGCUUCUCUCAAUGGGAACAAUGUAGAUCAGUUAAAUGAUUAUGACAGUUCUUCUGGUACUAAAACCAAGAAAAAGCCAGCACCUCGUGUCUUUUGUGAUAUAUGUGACUGUUUUGACCUUCAUGAUACUGAGGAUUGUCCAACACAAGCACAAGCAUCUGAGUCUCCUCUUCACUCAUCAUUUCAUGGCAGCAGGAAUGCUGAACGCCCGUACUGCGAUAUUUGUGAAGUGUUUGGGCACUGGACAAAUAACUGUAAUGAUGAUGAGACCUUUUAAUGCAGCACUGAGUUAUAAAUGGUUUCCACUAUGCACUUUUUGCAUUUCUGUAAUCAGCAGUAGUGUGUGCAAAGAACAUUGGGAAUAGGUUACUUGGUCAAAGACACUUGCUGAAUUCAGAAAGGUCAUAUGUUACAUUACAUGAAAUGCCAGGUGGCUGGAUGUCAUUAAUGUAGUAUUUCCUUAAGUCAUUCACUUUAUGGGUGAGGUAAGCCCAUGUGGGAUGUCAUAUUUUGUAUAGAAGAGAGUAUGCAAGUGUUUACUUCUGCCAAGAACUAUUGUGAAUAACUUUUCUUUGGACUCAUGGAAGCAAACAGUUUUCAUCUUUACUUAUUUUUGACUGUGUGGAAUUGAUCUGUUUUUGGUAUGGUUGUCUACAACCAUGUAACCUAGGGCCCAGAAUGUUAGCUUUUUACCUACUUGUGAUGCUCAUUGGCACUCCCAGUUUUGUAUGUUAGUGUUUACCCUUUAACUGAAUAAAAAACAAAUUGCUAAUUAGAGAAGAAAUGUUAAUCUCAAAGCAGGAAGACUACUAUAAUGCUUCAAUGAAUUACUAGCAAAACUGCAGUAUUCUCAGUAGGUGCUUUAUGUGCCAUGCCAGUGGGUACAUUAAAGCCUGGAAACCACAUGAGGUAUCCUAAAUGCUUACAAGUUAAAAAAAAAACAAAAAAAAACAGCACACGCCUAGAGAACUAACAAAAUUGUACUUUUAAAUGUGUGAUUGCUGUUUCAUUUACAGAUAAAGGGUCUUUAUUUUAUUAUAGCAAUAAGGACUAGUAUUGAAUGGGUUACCCUUAAGUGAUUUAGUCUAAGAAGUAAAUAAUAUGCCAGAUUGAACUCUCAAGGAUGUAGAGCAUGUUUUCUUUAACUCUGGUUUUCAAGAUAAUGUUUGACCUGUAGGCACUUACUGGAGAAUUGCUGCUCACCGUCUUCUUGGCUGCAGUUGACUAAAGGAGAUAUGUAUUGCUGCUAUUGUAAUAUAGUUAUCAGAGCAGUUACCUCUGCAUUUGCAGAGUACGUUAGUUGUGCAAGGUUAAGUAAGACUUCCUACUUUUAUAGUGUUUAUGUCCAAGCAAACCACUGUUGGGUAAGUGGUAUUGUCACAUAUCAUAUUUCAUUUGUAUUUUCCAUCCUUAGACAGAUUUUUACUGUACAGACUGUUAUGUUUUACCAGGGAGACAUGUUCUACACCAACCUAAACUACACACCAAAAAAUAUAAAUAAUACAUCUGUCAGUAAAAUCAUGCCAUGGGUGUACUUCUCUUAGAGUGAUGUGCACUCAUUGCGUAAACAAAUUUUAAUAUUUUGAUGGUGUACCUUUGCUGCUUUCUAAACUUUAGUAGUAAGCUCUUUUAAAGUUUUUUUUUACCAAAGUAUAAAAGCCAUCUUUUAUUUAUACACAGAAUAUUUUUCCGCAUAUGAAUGAAACAGUUAUUUCUGGUUUCUGUGGUUAUGUCCUAUAAUUAUUUGUAUUAACUAUAUUGUGAUAUGGGAUUUUUUUGAGAAAUCAGACUUUCAUACAAAUCAUCAGUAUUAAUUCAUUUCGAAUCAUAACUGCAGUGAUCUGGCUCAAGGUAUUAGUUCAGAGGUGCACCUCCCCCAGAAAAUUUUUGAAGAAAGCAGCUAAUGUGUUGAAUAUCAUUUUAGCUUUUAAUAUAUUUUGCACACUCUCUUAACUACUGUUUGUUCCCAUUUCCUUUGUUCCUUGUUUCUAAAUAAUGCUUGUAAAAAUGAUAAAUUAUCAAUACACUGUAAGCAUUGAUUUGCAAUUUGUUUUAUGGUAAUUGUCCUGUACUAGGAACUGUACUUAUUUAAUGAUAUAUGCAUUUUUGUCCCAUCUUCCAGACUGCCUGUAGAAUAUUUGGGGAAUUAGAUUUGUAUAGCUGUAAAUACCUUUAAUGUAUUUUUUCUCAAGAGUUGUUUACAGAGGAAAUGGGUACAUCAGAUAUAAAAUAUUUUCUUCCUGAUAGUUUAAUUUUGGGUAAAUUAAUGUAUAUUGGUAGAACUGAUCAAGGGAGAAGGCACAUGUAAAGCAGUAUUAAUCAAUGCACAUUGUGUACUAUAUCUGCUGUUAAUAAAUAAUAGUUCUUA